UGUUCGUUAACGUUGUAUAAAAAUGGCAGGCUUGUCAGAAUUUCCACGAAGCGUAAUUUUCUGUUUUAUGUUUCUCUGCACUGCUUACGGAGAGAGACAUAGCAUCAAGAUAGUAGAGGAACCCUCAACCUAUGGGAUAAUGAACAGUUACCAUGGCGGCAAUGUGGUUGACAAUGCUUCUAAGUUGAAAAUGAGGGUAAAACCGUCCAACUUCUCUGGACCUGCUCUCUUCAGAAGGCUUACUGGGAAGUGUUUCACAAUGACAGAUGAUAGUUAUAAAUAUGAGUUUUGCCCAUUCUCCAAUGUGACCCAGCAUGAACAAUCACUGAGAUGGAAUCCUUACAGUGGAAUACUUGGGGUGUGGCAAGAAUGGGAGAUAGAAAACAAUACAUUUGUUGCCAUGGUGAUGAGAGAAGGGGAUAAAUGUGGCAAUAGCCAAAGAACAAUGAAAGUAUUUUUCUUUUGUGAUAAGGAGAACAAAGUAUUGAAUGUAAGUGAGCCAUCAACCUGUAAUUAUCACAUGAACUUCAGUACUCCCUAUGUAUGUCAUAGACAGGCUAUGUUGGUAUACCCUACCUUAGAUAAACAGCUACAAACAGAAUGGGGAUUGCUGGAAGGGGAGCUUCAAAGAGGGGAAGUAACAAAAAAGGGAUACAAAAAAUACUUGUCAAGGAUAUUUGUAAAGGCAGGUUAUAUGUUAUCUGAAGAUACAAGAAUUCAAAUAUCUCAAGAUGCCGUGCAGAAAGAAAAGACUGCUAAAGAGAAAGAGGAAAAAACUUUUACUGAUGUUUAUACUUGUAGAGAGGAAUACCAGAAAUUGGAGGCAGAAGUGCAAAAUUUACGUGACUUACUGGCUGAGAAAGAAAAUAAUGAAAGAGCGUAUGAUCACCACGGAAUGGGGGAUGAUUAUAUCCAUAUGAAUGACUAGACAGGAGUUUAUCUACCAUGACAGUUUGUGCAAUAUAUUAUUUGGGUGGGCAUUCCAUGUAUGAAAUCCAGGGCAUUCCUUGGUUCAGUUGUGUACUGUGAGAGUAAAGACCGGUUCGGUUUGUUAUUUUUUUUUUGAGGAGGAAUACUUGGAAGCACUGCAGUUUACACAUCUUGAAUUUGACUUAAACAUGUGAGACAUGUACUAGUGUAUGAAAUUUGGUGCCAGGACAAUACACAUUGGUCCUCCAUGGCUGUGUGGUUAUGGUGGCUGACUACAGAUAACUUUACCCACUCUUCUUUUGAUUCAAGCCCUGCUAGGAUCUACCCUGGUGUUCACCCCUACCAGUAUAAUGGCCGGAGAUGCACCAUAUGGGUCUUUCUCCACUGUUAAGUGUCACUUAACACUCGACAAAAAACAGAAACAAAAAUUUUACAUUUCAGUUGGUAACGUGAAUUGUAGUUUAUGUUUAUCUUGUGUCUAUCGAAAAGACAGUGGCACAUGCAGUUUUUUGAAUGACAAUAGUAUAUUCGUUGGAAGCAGUAAAGAAAGGUGAUUUUGAAUUUUGCAAGAUUUGUUAUAAAUUAUUUGUCACUUUCAGGGACUACCUUAGCCUGGAAAAUUAGGGAGAAGUGACUUCUCCCUCCUGUGGAAAUAGGGAGAAGUUUUGAAAUUUUGGGAGAAGUUCAGCAGACGUGAGGCAGGACAUUGCUUACAUGCAUUUAAUAACAAUAAUAAUGUUUAUUCAGUUCCAUUUGUAGUAUUAUCUUUUUAUGACAUAAAUAAAAAUUGUGCAAUGUUUCAACAAUACAGUACAUAUUUGCACUGUUUUACUGCAAAAUCUUUCCUCAUAUAACUAUUACUUAAUAUUUCUUGGAUUUCUUCCUUCCUAGAGCAGCUUUUUCUCGCAUGUGAGCAUUUUGAGUUUAAAAUUUUUAUAUGUUGUUCCUUCAAUUUGACAAACUACAGAGUUUAAAAAACUCUCAAACUUACAAUGAAAUGUUAUUUAUAUUGAUCAGUAGAUAAAAGACUUAAAAAUCAGGGGCAGUAUUUUUUAAAACUACAUAUUUUGACAUAAAAAAUCUAAAAUUUGGUUAAGUGUAAUACCUCCCUUUAACACAUUUCAAAAUGUACUAAAAGAGUUGUCUGCUAUUUUUAUCAAACAACAAAUUUAAUAGUUUGUCAAGGGCCUUAUAUUUAACAUAUAUGUUUUUAAUGAAAGAGAAAUGCAGAUUAAAAUGAUUAGUAAGCAGAUCCCGAUUGAAAAAUAAACGUCGGGAGUAACGGGUAGUCUACAUUGUGAUGGCAAUAAAAAUUUCGAAACGAUUUUUAUCCGAAACCAUGAAUUACUGGAUAAGACAUCUCCUUAUAAAGUACCGAGGGCGUGCGGUUGACCCGAGGUUCCGUGUUUUGACCCGCGAAAAUCAAGAAAAACUCGAAUUUGACCCGCACAAAAAAAAGUGUCCCGUGCGUCGGCUCGAUCCGCGAUAUGCGUCUCGAGUUCGAAAGUUCUGCUUUGUCAAUCAAAAUCUCGGUGAAUUUCAAUUUCAAUACUGUUCGCCGCCACAAACGGAAUUAUGACAGUAGGCGGAGCAUCGUAUGUUAAUUAGCUACUGACAGAUGUCAAUCACGUAAUUAGGUUUGUAAUUCGGAAGUUAAUUAUCGCUGUUUUACGAAGUUUUCGGGCUCUCUGAUCUCCGAUUUCGGUCAACUUCAAUUAUUACUCUUUCGUUCUUUAAUUAUCGUGUACUGCAAUCACAUUAAAUGCAAACAAUUAGCAGCUUAUUCUGCGGCGUCAAUCUGAAAUCGAGUGAUCAUCUUUUGUUGUCAUGGACACGUUUCGCCGCGUGCCUCCAGGUGACAUCCUGUGUAUUGCGUAUUGUGUUUACAGACUUUACAUAACUGAGAUGUAUAAUCUCGGCGCACUUUAUUGUCGAUUAUGUUUUCCUUUCAUCCAUUUUUAGGGCGACUUGAACUUCGCUUUUCUGGGCGGGAAGGGCGAAGUGAAAUAUUUUAAAGCGAAGUUAUCGCUCAACUUCGCCUAAAACGCAGUCCCUGCACUUUGGUUUUGCCAAAGAGAAAUGAAUCUCAAUAUUAUAAAAAUGCUCGUAAUUAAAUUUUAUGUUAUCUACUAAAUUGUUACCCUGUGUCAUACAUGUAAGCCUACACACAAAGAACAUUAUCAUAUUUAAUUUUGAAGUUCAGCUCAACCAUCAGAAAAUUUUAGUAGAGCUUUUGUUAUCACACUUUUGCUGACAUAUGCAACAGUGUCUGCAUCACAAAAGUUUUGGAUGUAAGCAGUUUUCUCAAACACUACUAGACCACAUACCAGGUACUAUCAUAAGUAGGCUUCAUAGGACAAAUAAUUUAAUUCUUAACUUAUAUUUGGCAACUGUUUAACUUAGACAUUUUUGUGUAAGUUUUGCUUGUAAGCAUAUUUCUUAGAAACUGCGGGGCCAAAUGCUUUCAUACUUCAGCAUUAUGUAGGCAACUUCAAAUUGCAAGUUGCGUAACUUUACCUUUUUUUGUCAAAAUUUUGCACCUUUAGAUUUUUGUGAAAGUUUUGCAUGUAGCAUUUUUCAGACAACACUUUUCAACAAAGCCUAAAUUUACAUUUUUUAUUUUAUGAGAAAACAUACAUUUAUAAAUAAAUUAUUAGGUCAAGUUGAUGUGGAGGAAUAUGGAUAUUUAUAUGAGGGUUUUGAAUGUAUUGUGACUUUUGUGUAAUUGUUUUUGCCUUUCGCCGUCUGUCUGUCCAUCUGUCCCCAUUAAGCUUGUCCGGCUUUCACAUGUCAAACUGCUAGCCGAAUUUCAACAAAACUUCACAGGAGUGAUCAAUACCAAGCCUAGUUGUGCAUGUCAUCGGCACAUUCCGCUUCGCUGAACAAAAUGGUCACAUGAGCUAAAAUUAGAAAAAUCUUGUCCGGCUUUCACAGGUCAAACUGCUGGCCGGAUUUUGACGAAACUUCACAGGAGUGAUCAGUACCAAGCCUAGUUGUGCAUAUCACCGACAUGUUCCACUUCACUGCACAAAAUGGCCGCCAGAGCUAAUCAUAGAAAAAUCUUGUCUGGCUUUCACAGGUCAAACUGCAACUGGAUUUCGACGAAAUUUCACAGGAGUGAUCAGUACCAACCCUAGUUGUGCGUACCGGUAUCGCUGGCACGUUCUACUUUGUUGCACAAAAUGGCCACCAGAGCAAAAUAAAGAAAAAUCUUGUCCGGCUUUCACAGGUCAAACUGCUGGACAGAUUUCGACGUAACUUCACAGGAGUGAUCAGUACCAAGCCUAGUUGUGCAUAUCGCCGACACGUUCUACAUUCCUGCACAAAAUGGUGGCCAGUUGACUUUUGCCCUUCAUACCAACAAACAUGCCCCUCUUCUAUCCUUAGAAUACAUAGGCGGGGGAGACAUAUGUUUUUGUGACAAAAGCACCUUCUAGUUGUUAUUGUUGUUGUUGUGUCAUGAUGAUAUUAGCAUCGAUGCUUGUUUUUCAAAAGAAAAACAUAUUGAUAUGUAUCAUAAUUUUCAGGAUAUGUGUCGUAGUUAAACUAGAGUUUCAACAGGGAUAUUAUAUGAAAUUUAUUAGCUCAUCUGAUUUUUUGAAAAAAAAAAGAUGAGUUAUUGUCAUCACUUGAGCGGUUGUCAGCGUCGGCAUUGCCUGGUUAAGUUUUAUGUUUAGGUCAGCUUUUCUCCUAAACUAUCAAAGCUAUUGCUUUGAAACUUGGAACACUUGUUCACUAUCAUAAGCUGACCCUGUAUAGCAAGAAGCAUAACUCCAUCUUGCUUUUUGCAAGAUUUAUGGCCCCUUUUGUACUUAGAAAAUAUCAGACUUCUUGGUUAAGUUUUAUGUUUAGGUCAACUUUUCUCCUAAACUAUCAAAGCUAUUGCUUUGAAACUUGGAAUACUUGUUCACCAUCAUAAGCAGACCCUGUACAUCAAGAAACAUAACUCCAUCUUGCUUUUUGCAAGAAUUAUUGCCCCUUUUGGACUUAGAAAAUCAGUUUUCUUGGUUAAGUUUUAUGUUUAGGUCAGCUUUUAUCCUAAACUAUCAAAGCUAUUGCUUUAAAACUUGCAACACUUGUUCACCAUCAUAAGCUGACCCUGUACAGCAAAAAACAUAACUCCAUCCUGCUUUUUGCAAGAUUUAUGGCCCCUUUUGGACUUAAAAAAUAUCAGAUUUCUUGGUUAAGUUUUAUGUUUAGGUCAACUUUUUCUCUUAAACUAUCAAAGCUAUUGCUUUGAAACUUGCAACACUUGUUCACCAUCAUAAGCUGACCCUGUACAGCAAGCAACAUAACUCCAUCCUGCUUUUUGCAAUAAUUAUCGCCCCUUUUGGACUUAGAAAAUCAUUUUCUUGGUUGAGUAUUAUGUUUAAGUCAACUUUUCUCAUAAACUAUCAAAGCUAUUGCUUUAAAACUUGCAACAGUUUUUCACCAUCAUAAGUGGACACUGUACAUCAAGAAACAUAACUCUAUCCUGCUUUUUGCUAAAAUGAUGGCCCUUUUUAGUCUUAGAAAAUCAUGGGUAGGACAAUAUUUCUAUUAUACAAAAAAAAUCAGAUGAGCGUCAGCACCCGCAAGGCGGUGCUCUUGUUUUAUAUCAGUCAUAAACAUUACUUGUGGUGAUAACAGUCUCCAAAUUUUCAGGAAGUAUGUGAUGUCCACAAAAUUCUGGUAAAGUUGCUUUAAGGACUUGUACAUAGUUGAUGGUUUUGAACUGUUUGACUUUCUUAGUACACUGAACAAAACUGCAAAAUACUCUUGAUGCCAUGUUUAUUGAACAUAGUAGUAGAAUGCUUAGAUAUAGUCCAAGUAAACUUAACUAUAUGAUUUUAGGAUGAAUCAGUAAUUUCUACAGUGAUAUUUUUUCUGUUAUUGAAAUAAAAAAAAUUCUGGUUUCCUGUAGAUUAGUUAAUAAUAUUUGUAUUGUAUUCUUUAUGGAUUUUUUUUUUUUUUUUGUAAGUUGAGUGUCUUUCAAAUUCAGAACUAUCGUGAAUAAUUAGUAGCAUUAUCUCUAAAAGAGGAGAAAGCCAAGAAGCUGUAACAGUAAACAGUCAGAUAAAGUCUUGCCUAAUAAAGUGUCAUGUAAAAGGGAUGCUAAAGUAAUCAGUUCAACUUAACCCUUAUCAUGCUGGACACGACUGCUUCUGCCUUUGCGACCAGUGUAGAUCUUGAUCAGCCUGCACAUCUGUGGCAGUCUGAUCAUAAUCUGCACUGUUUGCCAUUCAGUCAGUAUUUUUUGGUAAGCACCCCUUUUAACAGUUGAAAGAUGUUCUUCAUAGAAAGUUAGCAGGGUAAGAGAUGAUACAAUAAUUUGGUAGUAUAUGAUUUUCUAUAGACUGAAUAUGUUUUCUUUCUGUACUGGCUGGGAACCACUUUCUGGACAAAAUUCUGUCGUUGUUUUCUCUUUCAUUAUUUUCUUAGACAUCAUUGGAUGAAAUCCAAACUUACACCACAUUAUUAAACUUCAGCUCCUACUACAACCAUAAAAGUCACCAUUUAGACUUAGUGACAUAAAAUGUAAUAUUUCUUUUGGGGCCCAAUGUUAGUAAAUAUCUAUGUAGGGUAAACCAGUUAUCAGGACAAAUAUUUUUAAGAUGAUUGACAGUUAUUUUGAAGAAAAAAAAACUAAAUAUGUUUUUGUCUUAUUUUGAUGUUUCCAACAAUAACUAUACAUGGUAACCCACUUUGAAAGCAGCAGAAGCCAACACCUUAUGUAUAUAUUGGAUAUUGUCUUACACAAUCACUUAUUGUAAUAAUUCAAAUAUACAUGUAUAAUAUAUUGAUAUAGCACAGACAUCAGACCAGUUUUAAAAAAAUCAAUACUGUGAAGUUAAAAAGUAACUUGUAUGGUAAUCAUAAAUGGAAAAAACUGUUUGAUUCUUGCUACCCAGCUUGGUACCUCAACAAUUUAAAAAAUUGCUUGUACGCAGCGCUGUCUACAUGCCCCAUUGCUGCAGAAAAUUAUUUUGUUAAUACAGGUGAUUAUCACAUUAGAGCUUUCCCAUGUUUACAUAAAUACUUCUUUGUGAAAAAAUUGUUUCCUUGUUGAUACAAAAAUUAAACAUCCCAAUUACAGGGUUAAAUAAUUCCAUAAAUAAUGAUUAUUCUAGAAUUUAGUUCGAACCAGUACAUCACUAUUUCAAGUUUUGAUCGGUGAAUGAUGAGUUGUAGACCAUACUAUACAUAGUAAAAACAUUUGAGCCGCACCAUGAGAAAACCAACAUAGUGCAUUUGCGACCAGCAUGGAUCAAGACCAGCCUUCGCGAACAGCUUGGAUCCUGACCAGACUGCGCAGAUGCGCAGGCUGGUCUGGAUCCAUGCUGGUCGCAAAUGCACUAUGUUGGUUUUCUCAUGGUGCGGCUCAUUUACUGUACUUAAAUCACCUUAUGUUAUGUUCAAUUGAGAGACAUUUAUUGCAUUUCGUGAUUUUUGCAUGCUGCAAAAUUGGGAAAUUGUCAGUCACUAUCAAAAUAAUCAUGUUCCAUAAACUGUACCUUUGACAGUGUUUUCUUUUAUUGUCAAGACUCUCUGUUUAAAGGACUUUAAUUAUUUUGAGGUAAACAGGUGUUCAAUUGUAUGCAGAAUUUUAGUGUUGUUUUAAUGUUGUUUUUUAUGUUGUAAAAUGAUAAACAGUUGUGCAUGCAUUUGUUGUUAUUCUUGAUCAUAUAUGCAUUGUCAUUGAAAUAAUUUACAUAUUUGAAGGUUAUUUUUGUGGGAGAAUUCUUAUGUUAUUUUACAACAUAUUUCGUGAAAUGUUCACAUUCCAUUGAUAUGAUAGAGGGCCUGCUGUGAUAAUAACAAUAAAGAACAAAAUAUGAA